UUUUUUUUUUGAAAAAAAAAAUGAACGGUUUUCCGGAAGGAUGGUUUUAUAUAAAGUCUCAAACGAAUAAUCAUGUACUUGAACCACAUUGUCUUUCCGUAAAUUCUGGUGCAAGAAUUGUUACUAGUAAACAAAGAUUUGGUUUUGAUGCGGAUAGUCAGCUUUGGAAAUAUGAUAAUGGGUACAUCGUUAAUAAAGCCUCCGGAAAAGUAUUGGAUAUCGAAAAAGGUUAUAUUCGAACGUUUCACAGAACGCAUUUAUGUCAAUGGGAUCGUAAACCAUUAACAGAAGCAUCAAAUCAACAAUGGACUUUCCUACCAGGUGGAUUUAUUUCACCUACUGCUCAUAAAGGAUACGUGAUACAUUUACAUGGUCAUUUUUAUAGAUCGAAACAUGAUAUCUGUCAAAUUUUAUUACAUCAAAUUAAAGACGAAGAUGGUCGUAAACAAACUUGGUAUUUUGAACCUGAACAAAGUCAACCAAAAAUACUUUCUCCUCCAAUUCCAAAAGAAUAUCCCGAGUAUUUUAUUAAUAGUAUAAAAAAUCACUAUUGAAGAAUAAGUGUUUUUUAAUAGACAUUCAUAUUUGUAAUUUAGAUAUUAUUUUAAUUAAUUUUUUAUAUAUAUAUGUAUACAAUUACAAAAUCAUAUUGGUUAAUAUUAAUUACAUUAUUCAUAUUAUUCAUAUUAUUCAUAUAUUUAAUAAUACACAUCAUAUUU